AUGGAUCUAGAUGCACUCUUCAAGAUACCGACGGCGCCGGCUUCGGGCCUGAAGCGCAAGCUCGUCUCGAGUGCCCCGACGGCAGAGGAACUGGAGCGCUUCAAUGCAUCACGAAGGCCGAAUGGCACGACUACGACCAACGGCAGCACGACUGCCUCUACUGUUGCUGUCGGAAAGUCUGGGGACAUCAAGGGAAAGAUGCGAGCGGCGACCGUGCAGGAUGGCUCAGACGACGAAGCAGAGAGGGAUGAUUUUGCGCCUGGCAACGAUGCAGACUACUUCACCGAAGAGGACUCAGAUGGCCGCUUCUUCGGCGGAGGUCUGACGAGCGAACAGAAGCAGAUUCUCGAGAUCAUGGACGACGAUAGAGACCCCAGCGAGGCAGCAAUGACACUACAAGGCUUACGCAAGAUGGUCUCCGUACUCGAGAAGGCAGUGGCCAAGAAUGUCGAGAUGCGCGCCAAAUUUGCAGGCAAUCCUCACAAAUUCGUCGAGUCAGAGAUCGCGCUUGACACAGCGCUACACGCUCUCCUGCUGCUUACUCAGAGCCCUGGCUCCUUCUACCCUGAGCUGAUCAAGCUCGGUAUCAUCUCGACGCUCGUGGACUUGCUAUCUCAUGAGAACGUGGACAUCAGUAUCGCAGUCAUCACUAUCCUCGAGGAGCUUACGGACGAGGACGUGGGCGAGGGCGAAGAUGGCGAAGAGAGUACGGUCGGGCUUCAGGCCGAGCUAGCCGUCAAAGCCCUCGCAGACGAGCUCGUCAAGUGCUCUAUUCUCGAGCUACUUACUCAGAACGUCCGACGCUUAGAUCUGGGUGACGAAACCGAGCGCAACGGGGUCUACCACGCGCUCAGUCUGUUCGAGAACCUCCUGUCCGCAACAGAGGGCCUUGCACUACGAUUGACUAAGACUACAGAUCUGCUCGCUUGGCUGUUGCAGCAAGUACAGCAGAAAGCGACGAAGGAUCUGGAGCAGAUCCGGUUCUAUGCGGCCGAAAUCCUCUCCAUGUUGCUCAGUACGGGCGACGAUACCAUCAGGCAACGGUUUGGUGCCCUGGACGGCGUCGACGUCUGCCUGACCACGCUUUCGGCGUAUCGCAAGCGUGAUCCCAAAGGCGCAGAAGAGCUCGAGUUUAUGGAGAACGUCUUUGAUAUUCUGUGCUCGGCCCUCGCUACGACAACGAUCAAGCAGCGAUUUCUCGAAGGCGAGGGCGUCGAGCUAAUGGUGCUGCUCAUGAAACAAAAGAUGCUCGCUCGCACACGGUCCAUCAAAGUGCUUGAUCAUGCCUUGUCGGGCGAAGCUGGAAUAUCAUCGUGCGAACGCUUUGUCGAAGCGCUGGGCCUCAGAACGCUCUUUUCGGCCUUUAUGGGCAAGAGCAGAACUGGCAAACGAAAGGCAUCAGAGUCGUCUGGCGCCGAAGACGACGAGCAUAUCCUCGGCAUACUCAACUCACUGCUCAGUAAUCUGGCAUCUGAGUCCGAAUCGCGGUUACGAUUGCUCGCUAAAUUUGUCGAGGAUGGCUACGAGAAAGUCGACCGCUUGCUCGAGCUCAGGGAGACGGCACAAGAUCGCGUCAAGAGUCGGGAAGGCGAGCUAGCGAGUGAAAGACGAACUUUACAGGCAGAAGGGCUCGACUAUGACGAGGACGACGAGUAUUUCAGACGUCUCGAGGCUGGUCUCUUCACACUCCAGCUGGUUGACUAUGUAAUUGCCUGGAUUGUCAUGGAAGAUGACGGGAUACAAGAGCAUGUCCGUCUGCUCCUCAGCCGGAAGGAUAUGGCAUUCGCCGACGUCGUUGACGUGUUGAAAGAAUAUCGCGACAAUAUCGGGUCUGCAGAAGACGUGAAGCCAUCCAAUGGUUUUGCAGCACAGCCGAACGAAGCGCUAGAGCCGGUCAAGCAACGAGACAUCAUCGAAGCGCUGAUGGACUAUUUAUCAGGCUUGUCUUGA